UUCAUCCUCUGUGCUCAGUCUGAUGGCUCUGCGUCCCACUGAAAUGUCUAAACAUUAAGGAAAAAUAAUAUUUUUAUUUUUUUUAAAAAAACGUAUUCCUGCAUAUCAGGAAAAAAACCUUUUUGUUUUGGACUUAUUAAAUUUUGAGCACUGAUGGGACACAAGAGAGCAAAGCUGCAGAAGUUAAAGUCGGCGGUGCGACCUGAGGAGCGGCGCGUUGCCAGAGGCUGCGGGGAAAGUUGUGCGUUUCUCUUUCUGAGGCUUUUUUCACUAAAAUAAAUAAUGUCAUCUCUGCAGGGAGUUUCUGCUGUAGCUCUUUUUCACUGCAUGUUGACAGCUGCUGCACUGAUAGACUCCGAUGACGUCAUCACGCGAGACGAGCAGAUCUUUGUUCUGAUUGGUGCACACGCCCGCUGUGAGAGGAGCAUCCGCGCACAAAUGGCCCUCAUCAAAGACGGGGACUGUUCUCCGGAGUGGGAUGGGAUUAUCUGCUGGCCCCGGAGCCGAGCGGGCCAGCUGGUCUCAGUGCAGUGCCCAGCAUACAUCUAUGACUUCAACCACAGAGGGCGAGCUUACCGCCAGUGUGAUGGGUCAGGGAACUGGGAGCUGGUGCCCAGUAACAACCGCACAUGGGCAAACUACACGGAGUGCACCCGAUACCUGGCCUCCAACCACAGAAACCUGGAGGAGAAGGUGUUUCAGCGCCUCCAUCUCAUGUACACUAUCGGCUACUCCAUUUCUCUGGCGUCUUUGUUGGUGGCGAUCUCCAUCCUUUGCUAUUUCAAGCGCCUCCACUGCACACGCAAUUACAUUCACAUUCACCUCUUCACCUCCUUCAUCUGUCGAGCUGUUAGCAUCUUUGUGAAGGACGCUGUGCUCUACUCCAUAUCUGACGCCAGCAGAGCUGAGUCUGAGUUCACAACUGUGAAACAGCCCAUGGCUGGGUGUAAAGCUGCGGUUACGCUCUUCCUGUACUUCCUGGCAACCAAUCACUACUGGAUUCUGGUGGAGGGAUUGUACCUCCACAGCCUCAUCUUCAUGGCGUUCCUGUCUGACAAGAACUACUUGUGGGCUCUGACCAUCAUGGGCUGGGGUGUUCCGGCUGUGUUUGUGUCCAUUUGGGUCAGCGCUCGAGCUUCGCUGGCAGAUACUCAAUGUUGGGACAUCAGCGCCGGAAACCUGAAGUGGAUCUACCAAGUUCCCAUUCUGGCAGCCAUUGUUGUGAAUUUCCUCCUUUUCCUAAACAUAAUCCGUGUUCUGGCCUCUAAACUGUGGGAAACCAACACCGGAAAACUGGAUCCUCGACAGCAGUACAGGAAGCUCCUGAAGUCCACCCUGGUCCUGAUGCCUCUGUUCGGAGUCCACUACAUAGUUUUUAUGGCCCUCCCCUACACUGAGGUGACUGGGCUGCUGUGGCAGGUGCAGAUGCAUUAUGAGAUGUUCUUCAACUCUUCUCAGGGGUUUUUUGUGGCGUUCAUCUACUGCUUCUGCAAUGGCGAGGUGCAGGCAGAGGUAAAAAAGGCCUGGUUAAGACGCAGCUUGGUGCUGGACCUCAAGCAGAAAGCCAGGAUGACGAGCAGCGGCGGCGGGAGCUGCUACUACGGCGGCAUGAUGUCCCACGCCACCACCCACAGCGUCUGCAUGUCCGCCAUUCAUCCCAGGGCUUUCUCCUUCACCGCGGGGUCAGGAGGGGCCGCUGGGGGGUCAGGGGUCAGGCCGCCACGUCACUCUGCCCCGUCGUCGCUCCACCACAACCACAGCAGCGUGUGUGUGUUCGUUCCCAGCACCGCUGAGACCUCAGGCUCCCAGCAGGACGCGGCGGUGUGGAAACCAGGGAGGGCCGAGUCCAGACCCAACAAAGAGAAUGAUAACAGCAGCAGCAACGCAGCAGCAGAUCCAGACUGCUCCGUACCUGUGAAAGAGCUAGAAACCAUUUUAUAAUCUUCACUGAUCGUUGUUGGCAGGACACAGCGGUUUUGAAACUGGAUCCUUUCUGCGUCGUCGUCAUGGUUAUAUGGAGGGAUUCACUAUAUUCACUGUCUUAGAAAUUGAUGGUUUCUCCUUUUAUUCUGACAAGAAAAAAGCAGAAUAAAUCCCCGUUAUGGGCUGCCCACUCUAAUAACUACACAAAACAAAAGUAUAUAGACCCGUUGCAGCGCAAGAUCCCACCGCCAUCAUUCUGCAAAAAGCUGCUGGCUGACCAUGACCAGUAUUGGUUUUAACUGUUAGACUUUAAAUAUAACACACUAAGUCUUAAGAAGGAUGUAGUUCAGUUAUUCUUGUUUGACUUUGACAACCUUAAUAUAUAGAUGUGACGUAUUUUUACUAAAUAAAAAACAAAAACGGCCAACACUCCAACUCUUAACAGAUCAUUGGUAGAGCAGGUGUUUAAAUUAGCUAGCCAACCCCCGCUGUGUUAGCUUAGCUAAUAGCAGCGAUAGCUAAUCUACCACAAUGAUCACAAAGCAAACUUCAAACUUGAAAACAUGAUAAUGUAACGGACCGAAUGUUCUGUUGUUUGUAUGGGAAAUGUUUGCGUGUUUUUUCGGAGUUGAAUCCUGAAAUGUGUCCGUUUCUAUGGCAACGUAGCGCAGCAGAGAGUGAGAAAAAAAAUACAAAUAGGAAUAGUUUUGAGUUGUUCUUCAGUGGUUUUUCGGCGUUAUUUUCCCCUCUUCUGCGGCGCGCUGCCCUGAAUUACAAAUACCUACAUCUCAAGGUUUCAUUUUGUUUACGGGAUUGUUCUACCGCGGCUGCGCGAAUAGGGAUGACGUGUAUAAGAAUCGCCUUUUUGCCCUCCAGCGUUGUGCGCAUGCGCGAAAUUUCCGGAUCUAAACAAUAACUUGCGAGGGUCUAUAGCAAAACUAAAGUCAUUUCCUGCGACUUUAUAAUCGCAAGUUCGCUUAAAUAUUGACAUUACUCUAAGGAUAUAUAUUACAAUGGUGAUGAUAACAAAAAUGCACCGAAAUAAAUCUAGAAAUAAACUUACAUGAAACAUAAAGGAGUGCAAACAAUUGAACAAAUCCACAGAAAUAAGGAGGGGCUCCUGAUCUUAAAGUCACACAUUUAUAACAGUCAUAAUGGUUUGUAAAGUGUUUACAGUGAGUUAUAGAAACAAUCCGAAUAACUAAAGACAUUUUGUGUAAUGAUAACAAAACAGAAGUACGACCCAUUUACACCUUCCAAAAGUAUUCAUACCUUUUGGACCAGCUCUCACUUUCUUCCUGAUCUGAUCCAUGGAUUGUACUUCAGCACUAAAUUAAAGAGCAGGGUGUGAAUACUUUUGUAAGGCUGUGUGUUUUGUUAACAAUUUGAAGUUUGUGUUUCACUGCACUACAAAAACGCAAAAUUUUACAAAGUAAUUUUGGUCUAGUUUCUAGUGCAAACACCUAAGUGCACCUUAUAUAAAGUUAUAAGUAACUUUUCAGCAAGAUGUAGGAGCUUGUUUUAAGUCAAAAAUUCUUAUUUAUGGAUUAAAAAGUUCUAUUUCCUCUAGCAAAUUAUUUCACUAAUGUC